AUGGGUUGGACAGACUUCAAAUAUCUUUUAAAGAAGAAGGCAGCUGCCAUUAACAAAGACCAAAUGGCUACUGGGGGAGGACCAUCUAACACUGUACCUUUGAACGAUUUGGAGCUACGAAUAAUAUCUCUACUUGGCCCAUCUUUUUACAAAGGGGUUGGUAGUGAGGAAAUUGCUACACCUAAUACAAAAAUUAAUUUACAACCUGCACAAUCAAUUUUAUUUCGAAAAGAGGUCAAUUAUUUAUCACCCUCAAUAAUUGCAAAUACAUCUGCAAGUUGCAGUAAGAAAGAUACCUUUGUUUCUAACGAACAUGACUAUGGGAUCCCUACUCCAAAAAAGAAAAGAAAACUUUCAAAUGAGCAGAAAGAGAUGGAAAUAUUUGAAGAGAUACUUAUUUUUCUUAAGAACAUUAAGGUAACCAUGCAAGAGGGUUUGUCAUGUAUAUCAAAUGAGCUAGAGCGAAUAGCAACAGCCAUGGAACAAAAUACAAACAAAAUAAUUUAAAAAUUGCUUAUCUUUGUUAAAAUUUUAUUUUAUAAUAAAAGAAAAGAAAUAUUCGAAAAGAAUGUAUUUUAUUAAUUGUGAAACUAUGUAAUAUAUUGGUUUAAAAGUCUAUCCCUUGCAGCAAUUCCAUUUACAUUAGGGGCAUUUACAUGAUGACCAACAUCACCAUCAUUAUUGUUGUCAUCCUCUGCUGGAAUAUCUUCGUUUAAGGACAUAUUACCGUCUAUACAUAGAUUGUGCAAAAAAGCACAUGCCUUCACAAUAUCUACCAUAAAUUGUGGCUUGUAUCUUGCAGACCGUUCUCUUAAAAGACAUCUAAAUCUGCAUUUUAAAAUCCCAAUACACCGUUCUACACAAUUUCUAGCUCUUAUGUGAGCAUAGUUAUAAUUAUUUUCACUGUUGUUCUGCGGAUUACGUAUUGGUGUCAUUAAAAAAGGUUCUUGAGGGUAACCGGAAUCACCUAAUAACCAACAAGUUUCAUGUUCAUUUAAAUUAACCAUAAACUCUUUAACUAUUGAGUGAUUCCAUAUAAAUGAAUCAUGAGUUGAUCCACCAUAAUUUGUAUUAAUACUACGUAUUUUCAAACUGGGAUCACAAUUUGCACAUUAAGAGAGUGAAAAUUUUUGCGGUUAAAAAAGUUAUGUUCAUCUACUGAAGGCUUUAAAAUGGCAAUAUGUGUUCCAUCUACUGCUCCUAUUGCCCCAGGAAACCUCGAUCUAUCCAUAAAUUCAAAUUUAAUAUCAUUUCUUUCCUGGGGAGUUGUGGGAAGUUGUAUGUGUUGAUGGGCUAAAAGUGUUAAAGCAUGAGUGACAGAGUUAAUGCACCUAUGUACAGAUGUUUGGCUAAGCGCAAAAUUAAAAUCUUGGCCAAUACAUCGUUGAUAGGACCCAACAGCAUAAAAUCGCAAUGCAGUGAAAAAUUUGGUUUCUAGAGAAAUUCCCUUUGUAGAAAUUCUCUCCUGCAUAAGAGGCAUCAGACUAUCAAUCAAAUCUCGAACCACGCUAAAAACAAUUGACUAUUAUACUUAUAUAAAAUCUUCACGUAACUAUAAAAUUGUCUUACUCUUUUGUAAGUCUAAACAAUUCAAGGAAUCUAUCAUUAGAAAAGUUAAAGGGAUUACUUCUAGACCUUAAUUCCAACCGUUUUCUGUUCAAAUAAAGACAUCUGCGUCGAUUUUCAACUCGUCUCAGUCUUAACCGCAUUAUUGGAAGCAUUUUAUUAGUUUAUAGUAUUUUUAAUACAAAUCCCGAUGCACGUCAGCAAUGACGUCGGUCAUUCGUCAUAGUACUACCAACUAAUUAAAAUGUCCCUAACUAAGCUAAUAAUCCGAAAAAAUCACGUAUAGUCACGAGCAUUCAUGAACGUAGUCAUAUUACUAAAAAGUCGAAAACUGUUAUGGUGAUUAUUUUGAUAAUUUUAGAAUUAUUUAAAUUAUUUAGUUUAUACAUCGCUGUGCUAGAACAAUACUAGGACAACUUAAAAAAAGUCAUUUCGAGAAAAUCGACUUUUAAUGCCGUAAUUGUACUUAACUUUUUUAUUACUCAAAUUAAUAAUAAGAUCUUAACGUAGU